AUGGUCAAGCGAAGUUGCCCACCUGUGCGCCACACAAGGCACGCAGAAGAAAUGCGGGCACGCAAACGGAUGCGAACAACUACCCGUCAAAACCCCUUCUUCGAACACCUGAACUAUGAUGUUCGCCGCUGUAUCUUUGACUACCUCACUUUGCCACCAUUCCCGGGCGCAAAAAGCUGCGCAGGCAUGUAUCUCUCAUGCCGGCAGUUCAAAAACGAGAUGGACCAAGCAGCCAGCGUCCAACUCCGCAACCAUCUCCUCAACUACCAGAAGCAGAUCGCAAAAGAAAGCGAUGGACAAGUUCAAGUCCAGCUGCCCCAGGAGAUCGAGAUCAGACCUGUCCCCACCGACAGUGUUAUGGACAUCAGCGUCACGAUGAAUGCGGGGUCACACAAACUUGAAGUUUCUCGCUUCAUUUUGGCACUCCACGAAAUGCUUUUCGGUCUCAACAUCAAUGUACUACACAUUCACAUCGAUCUACCCUUUAUAGAUUUGAACUAUUACACAAAUCAUCCACACUUACGAUUGGAUUGGACAUCAGUCGUUUCGGAACUGCUCCAUCAAUUACUGCGCUCUCCUCGCAAUGACAAGCCCAUCACGCACUCUAUUCGCAAAGAUAAGCCCAUCAUGCGCGUUCGCGAAACCAUCAUAACAUGGAGGGCUCCUGAGACAGCUACUGGGCAAGCUCCCGAAGCGAAUACAUCACCCAAAGCGCUCAUGGUCAUGGGGCAGAAACUCCAGAUUGCGAACGCAACUCCAGGCACACCAUACAGUUACUUCUUUUGUCACAAAGCCAUAAAUUGUGGAGCCUGGAUUAUCGCCAUACCCAACCUUUUCGAACAAGGGCGAGCAAUGUCGAGUUUGGAGUUCGAUGUGUUGACCGCCUGUGACUCUCACGGACAUCAGCACAGCCUUGAGUUCUCCAAAACGACUAUAAAUUCUACGACGCUACAAAUCAGCGAUGGCAAGGAAACGACGGAGAGGUUUAGAAAUAAGGCAAUUCGAUUCUACAACAGCAUCGAAAAACAGAGAAAAAAGUCGACGGCUCUCGGAGGAUCUAUCGUCACAAUUUUGUAA